AACUCUUUCCCUCGCCGCUGAGACAGAGCUACACUGACACACACAUCAGAGUUGGGGGACACACACAGAAACACUCACUCCCGCCAAACCCAAACCCUAAUCGAGGGUUUAAGCUCCGAUAAUAACAAACCACAAUCCUCUCUCUCUCUCUGCGUCAAUUCUCAACUUCGAAUUCGAAUCUAACGUGUUUCUUCCACCAUGAGUUUCGCGGCGUACAAGAUGAUGCAGUGCCCCACCGGCAUCGACAACUGCGCCGCCGGCUUCCUCACCCACUCCCGCUCCGACUUCGUUCCUCUCCAGCCCGACGACCUCGACGCUGCCGAGUGGUCCUCCCGCCCCCGCCACCACGUUGGCCCCCUCCCCAACCUCGUCGUCACCGCCGCCAACGUCCUCGAAGUCUACGCGGUCCGCCUCCAGGAGGACCAGCAGCCCAAGGAUGCCUCCGACGACUCCCGCCGCGGUACCCUCCUCGACGGCAUUGCCGGGGCCUCCCUCGAGCUCGAGUGCCACUACAGGUUGCAUGGUAAUGUUGAAACCAUGGCUGUUUUGAGCAUUGGAGGUGGUGAUGUUUCUAGGAAGAGAGAUUCUAUCAUCUUAACUUUCGCAGAUGCAAAGAUUUCAGUUCUUGAGUAUGAUGAUUCUAUUCACGGACUUCGUACUAGUUCUUUGCAUUGUUUUGAGGGUCCAGAAUGGCUUCAUCUGAAAAGAGGAAGAGAACAAUUUGCAAGAGGACCAGUGGUAAAGAUUGAUCCUCAAGGCAGGUGUGGUGGAGUUCUUAUCUAUGAUUUGCAAAUGAUAAUACUAAAGGCUACUCAGGUUGGUUCUGGUUUAGUUGGGGAUGAUGAUGCCUUUGGAUCUUCAGGAGCAGUUGCUGCUCGUAUUGAGUCAUCUUAUAUGAUAAACCUACGUGACUUGGAUAUGAGGCAUGUAAAAGAUUUUACGUUUGUUUAUGGCUAUAUUGAACCUGUAAUGGUGAUUUUGCAUGAACGUGAGCUCACAUGGGCUGGGCGUGUCUCAUGGACGCAUCACACUUGCAUGAUAUCAGCACUUAGUAUCAGCACAACUUUGAAGCAGCAUCCACUUAUUUGGUCAGCUGUUAAUCUUCCCCAUGAUGCAUACAAGCUUCUUGCGGUGCCAUCGCCAAUAGGUGGCGUUCUUGUAAUUGGUGCUAACACUAUUCAUUAUCACAGUCAGUCUGCUUCUUGUGCAUUGGCCUUGAACAACUAUGCUGUUACACUUGACAGUAGUCAAGAGAUACCAAGAUCAAGUUUCAAUGUUGAGCUUGAUGCUGCCAAUGCAACUUGGUUGUUGAGUGAUGUGGCCUUGCUGUCAACAAAAACUGGCGAACUGCUAUUGCUUAUGCUUGUUUAUGAUGGAAGGGUUGUACAGAGACUUGAUCUUUCCAAGUCAAAAGCUUCAGUUCUGUCAUCUGGUAUUACAACAAUUGGAAAUUCUCUGUUUUUCCUCGCCAGUCGGUUAGGGGACAGUAUGCUGGUGCAAUUUUCUUGUGGAUCAGGUGUUUCCAUGAUGUCAUCCAAUCUAAAAGAAGAGGUUGGUGAUAUUGAAGUAGAUGCUCCAUCAAAGAGAUUGCGGAGGUCACCUUCUGAUGCUUUGCAAGAUAUGGUUAGUGGUGAGGAGCUCUCCUUGUAUGGGUCUGCUACAAAUAGAACAGAAUCAGCACAGAAAUCCUUCUCGUUUGCAGUGAGGGAUUCAUUGAUUAACGUUGGUCCUUUGAAAGAUUUCUCAUAUGGUUUAAGAAUAAAUGCUGAUGCAAAUGCUACAGGGAUAGCCAAACAGAGUAACUAUGAAUUGGUGUGCUGUUCUGGUCAUGGAAAGAAUGGUUCUCUGUGUGUUCUGCGGCAAUCAAUUCGCCCAGAAGUGAUUACUGAGGUUGAACUUCCUGGUUGCAAAGGAAUUUGGACUGUGUAUCAUAAGAGCACACGUUCUCAUAAUGCUGAUUCUUCUAAGAUGGCUGAUGACGACGAUGAGUAUCAUGCUUACCUUAUUAUUAGCUUGGAGGCUCGAACUAUGGUACUAGAAACUGCUGAUCUUCUUAGUGAGGUUACUGAAAGUGUGGACUAUUAUGUUCAAGGAAAAACACUUGCUGCAGGGAAUUUAUUUGGAAGGCGUCGAGUUAUCCAAGUCUAUGAACGUGGUGCUCGAAUUCUAGAUGGUUCUUUUAUGACCCAAGACGUAAGCUUUGGAGCUUCUAACUCAGAAUCUGGUUCUGCAUCUGAGAGUGCUAUAGCACUUUCUGUUUCUAUAGCUGAUCCAUUUGUCUUACUCAGAAUGAGUGAUGGAAGUAUUCGACUUCUGAUUGGAGAUCCUAGUACCUGCACUAUUUCUGUCACUUCUCCAGCUUCAUUUGAGAGCUCCAAGGGAUCAGUUUCUUCAUGUACACUGUACCAUGAUAAAGGACCCGAGCCUUGGCUGAGGAAAACUAGUACUGAUGCAUGGCUUUCUACUGGUGUUGGUGAGGCUAUUGAUGGCACUGAUGGUGCUGCUCAGGACCAUGGGGAUAUUUAUUGUGUUGUUUGUUUUGAUAAUGGUAACCUUGAAAUAUUUGAUAUCCCCAAUUUCAAUUGUGUCUUUUCUGUGGAAAAUUUUAUGUCUGGAAAGAGCCAUCUUGUUGAUGCUCUGAUGAAAGAGGUACUAAAAGAUUCUAAACAAGGGGAUCGAGAUGGAGUGGUCAACCAAGGGAGGAAGGAUAAUAUACCGAAUAUGAAGGUUGUAGAGUUGGCCAUGCAGAGAUGGUCUGGGCAGCAUAGCCGUCCAUUUCUUUUUGGGAUUUUGAGUGAUGGAACUAUUCUUUGUUACCAUGCUUACCUUUAUGAAAGUCCAGAUGGUACUUCUAAAGUUGAGGAUUCCGCAUCAGCUGGAGGAUCCAUUGGCCUUAGUAGUACCAAUGUUUCCAGGCUUAGAAAUUUGAGAUUUGUUCGUGUGCCCUUGGAUGCAUAUCCCAGGGAGGAUACCUCAAAUGGAUCACCUUGUCAACAAAUUACUAUUUUCAAGAAUAUUGGUAGUUAUCAGGGAUUCUUCCUAUCAGGGUCAAGACCAGCAUGGGUUAUGGUGUUGAGGGAACGACUUCGUGUUCAUCCACAGCUAUGUGAUGGAUCUAUUGUUGCUUUUACCGUCCUUCACAACGUGAACUGCAAUCAUGGACUUAUAUAUGUUACAUCACAGGGUGUUUUGAAGAUAUGUCAGUUGCCUUCUGGCUCAAACUAUGACAGCUACUGGCCUGUACAAAAAAUUCCACUAAAAGCCACACCACACCAAGUAACAUACUUUGCGGAGAAGAACUUAUAUCCACUUAUUGUCUCAUUCCCUGUUCUUAAGCCACUAAAUCAAGUUAUUUCUCUGGUUGACCAAGAUUUCAACCAUCAAAAUGAGAGUCAGAAUAUGAAUCCUGAUGAGCAAAACCGCUUUUAUCCUAUUGAUGAAUUUGAGGUUCGUAUUAUGGAGCCAGAAAAGUCUGGUGGCCCUUGGCAAACAAAGGCAACAAUACCUAUGCAAAGUUCUGAAAAUGCCCUUACUGUGAGGAUGGUUACUUUACUGAAUACAACCUCAAAAGAAAAUGAAACACUUUUAGCCAUUGGUACUGCUUAUGUGCAAGGAGAGGAUGUUGCUGCAAGAGGACGUAUCCUCUUGUUCUCUUUGGGGAAAAUUACUGAUAAUCCACAAACUCUGGUUUCAGAGGUGUACUCUAAGGAAUUAAAAGGUGCUAUAUCUGCCUUGGCCUCACUUCAAGGCCAUCUAUUAAUAGCAUCUGGUCCAAAAAUUAUUCUGCACAAGUGGAAUGGCACUGAGUUGAAUGGUAUUGCAUUUUUUGACGCACCGCCAUUACAUGUUGUGAGCUUAAACAUUGUAAAGAACUUCAUCCUUAUUGGCGAUAUCCAUAAAAGCAUAUACUUUCUUAGUUGGAAAGAGCAGGGUGCUCAAUUGAGCUUAUUAGCCAAGGAUUUUGGUUCUCUCGAUUGUUUUGCGACGGAAUUUUUGAUUGAUGGAAGUACUCUUAGUCUCAUGGUUUCAGAUGAUAAUAGAAACAUCCAGAUUUUUUACUAUGCACCAAAGAUGUCUGAGAGUUGGAAAGGACAGAAGCUUCUUUCAAGAGCUGAAUUUCAUGUUGGUGCCCAUGUGACUAAAUUCUUAAGGUUGCAAAUGCUAUCCACUUCGGAUAGAGCUGGUUCAGUUCCAGGCUCAGAUAAAACCAAUCGUUUUGCCUUAUUAUUUGGUACCUUGGAUGGAAGUAUUGGUUGCAUUGCACCUCUUGAUGAAAUCACAUUUCGCAGACUGCAGUCUUUGCAGAGAAAACUUGUUGAUGCUGUACCCCAUGUUGCUGGCCUGAACCCCAGAGCUUUCAGAUUAUUUCGGUCAAAUGGAAAGGCCCAUCGGCCAGGCCCUGACAGUAUAGUUGAUUGCGAGCUGCUAUGCCAUUAUGAAAUGCUUCCAUUGGAGGAACAGCUUGAAAUUGCUAACCAGAUUGGAACAACUCGAUCACAAAUUCUGUCAAAUCUAAGCGAUCUGUCUCUUGGAACAAGCUUCUUGUGAACAGUCAUCUUUUGUAGAUCAGGGAACAGUGCUGCCCAUGUUUCCCAAGCUCUUGGCAGUUAUUUAUUUUGAUGCAAUGGCAUCUUAUUAUCACAAUUAAAUGCUCCACUAUGUUGAAGGCUUGGGUAACUGAUGAGAUCGUAGCCUAACUCUCUUACGGCCCUUGGAAACAGUGAAUGCAGACAAACUAUGGAUAGUGAUAUCUAAAAUUGAUUCCAAUGUAUGUUUCAUUGGAAGUAGGGGUGUCUGUUUAAUGCUCUAAUGGACGAGGUGGAUGUAACAUGAAUUUUGUUCAUCUAAAGAAACAAGUAGGAAACUUAACCCCACUAGAAAGCCCGGCCCGGACAUUCUUUCUUUUCUGUAUGUCAGCAUCAAGAAGUUUCUGUAACUUGUAAUUAUUAUUACUUAAUACUUUUGUUCGCUCCAUAAUAUGAUGGUUUAGUUUCAAAUGGUAUUUAAAUUUGUCAUGGGUGUCUGUUGCGGGGGACAGCCAUGGAUACAUGUGUGUGUGCUCAAUUUAGUAGUUUUCCAUUGAAAAAGGAAAAUUAGAAAGACGCUGACCUGAAUUUUCAAUAUUACGAGCAUGAGUGAAGUUUUCGGUUUAGUUA